CAACUAUCUCCUCAUUGUCAGUGUUGAGAUUACGAUCGACACACUACUACAUCUUUCACAAUGCGUUCAACAUUCUCCGUGCUCUCGCUACUGGUAGCGAGCGCCACUGCCUCUUACGUUCUAGAAGAUGACUACGCUGCCUCUUCUUUCGCGAGCAUGUUUGAUUUCUUCACAGGAGAUGAUCCAACACAUGGAUAUGUAAAUUACAUCAAUCAACAACAGGCUCAAAACCAAGGAAUGUACAAAGUCGAAAACGGAGCUGUAUACAUGGGUGUGGACUCAUCCAACGUUGCAUCCGGCCGAGGACGGGACAGCAUUCGGAUAAGCAGCAAGAAGGAAUACAACCACGGCCUCUUCAUUCUUGACCUUGCACAUAUGCCCGCUGGAGCAUGUGGCACAUGGCCUGCAUUUUGGCUCCUUGGCCCCAACUGGCCCUAUGGCGGAGAAGUCGACAUCAUCGAAGGCGUCAACACACAGUCAGCCAACAGCAUGGCAUUGCACACCGACGCUGGCUGCUCAAUCAGCCACACUGGCGAUUUUUCCGGCACAUUAUCCACCGACAACUGUGAUGUCGCCGCUCCUGGACAAGGAACGAACGUUGGCUGUGCCAUUCACAGCCAGGACUCCAGCAGCUUCGGCCAGGGGUUCAACAACAACGGUGGAGGAGUUUUUGCUACCGAGUGGACCAGUGACUAUAUCAGCAUAUGGUUCUUCUCGCGAGGCGCCAUUCCCUCCGACAUCUCCGGCGGCAAUCCUGAUCCUUCCAACUGGGGACUGCCGGCCGCCAAAUUCGCCGGUGCUUGCGACAUUGACGCCAAGUUUCAAAAUCAAAAGAUGAUCAUGAACGUCGCCUUCUGCGGUGACUGGGCCGGCAGUGUCUGGUCUACCGACUCCACUUGUGCUCCACAAGCGUCAACCUGUCAGGACUAUGUCCAGAACAAUCCUUCCGCAUUCCAAAACACAUACUGGAUGAUCAACAGCUUGAGGGUCUAUUCUGAGAAUGGAGCCGGUCCUGCACCCACUCAAUCACAACCAUCAGCUUCCCCGACCGUGACCUCGCCGGGACAGCCUACUACCGAGCCAACAGCCAGUAUCACGACCUUUGAGACCAUCACCAAUAUUCCAACGGUGACCAACACACCAGUUCCUCAACCGACCACCGACCAGCCACAGACCACUGGAAGCGGGGGCAAUGGCAAUGGCAACGGUGGAAACAACGCCAACUGGCAGGGAUGGAACGACAACAACAAUAACGGCGGCAGUGGCGGUGGUGGCUUCGGCGGUGGACGAGGAGGCAGUGGAGGCAGUGGAGGCAGCUGGGGCGGCGGCCGUGGAGGAGGCGGUGGUGGUGGCCGCGGCAGCUGGGGUGGAAGAUGAAAUUGACGAAGCCUCGACUCUCUACCAUCAACAUCGAUCACACAACUUACAGACCUUGUACAAAAGACGGACGAUACGACACGACACGACGACAUUUCGGACAUAUUUGUCCACCUUGACACACUGAUACCACCUACCUGGCCACGGGCCUUCUGAGACAUUACUUUUUGCAUUUUCAUAGCGGGAUGGGUUUGUUUGGAGCUUCGGAUACCACGGUAUGAGACACAGGAAAAUUUGUGACUACCCUAUUUUGGAAUGUCUUCAUAGAGAUGAUAUUCAGCCUUCAGUAGGCUAAGAUCAUAUCAUUUUGUCCCAAAGGGCAUAAUAAUAUACACUUGUUCUAAUUGAGAACCAAGACUC